AUGUUCUGCUGCUGCAACGAGAGACCGUCUCUGCACGGCUUGAACCUGCCCCUUGGUUCCUCUCUUUUUCUGCGUGCACCCGAAGUCCUUGAUCCCUCCCUCUUGGAGUUGAACACUCAUCUUCCUUCCGCUAUGAUGAAGGGCAGUCGAUUGUGUUUUUCUCUUCGAAAAGGAAAGAAUUGGUGGUCUCCAAAAGGCCACCUAAAUUCUCCCAGGGAGCCGCGGGCCGUUCUACCUACCAAUUCAUCCUUCGCGCCAAAAGCAAGACGACAAGCCUCGCCACAAGAGAUUUCCAGAACGAACAACGAAUGCAAUCAAAGCGACCGCGAUCGGCAUGCGGGGUACUGAUAUCCGCGGUUGGUCAGCUGGAGCGCAAUCGCUGUGAUUUUGUGGGGAAAUGGAUAACACCGCUCGAC